CCUUUAAUAACCCCCAAGUGCUGUUUUGCUAACGAUGCAGAGAGAGAUUUAGGUGCAAGGGUAGGAGGCUGCAACUCUCCAGGAAUGUAACUCGUGGACACAAAACCCUAAAGUAAACACGCCGCCUCGCACCGCGCACGCAACCUAACAAUGGCAGCAGCAAGGAUCAGCCACUUACUCCCCUGAGCAACCCCUGGCCCCAUCCUGACAGCUUCUCUGGCAAAAAAAAAAAUCCCCCUGGUUUCCCAACGCCUGCCCCCAGCAAGGACUUCAGGAUGUCUUGCAGUAGUUGACUCCAUCUGGAGCGCUACGGUGACUAGGACCCAGCGAGAGCCCGGAGAGGAGUCCCGAGGAAAACAGGCAACGUAAUUUAAAGCAGACACUGUCCCAAAUAAGGUUGUUUCCCUGAAAAUGCCUUCACUGGGAACUUACGAGUGAGCCUCUUGGCGUCCCGAGUGGGUGAACAUGAAGCUGAAGGAAAAUUUCAUCAGUACCAGGAGGGAGCCAGUUUUGAAGAGCUGGAUAUGCUUUCUAAAGACAUGAUAAGCCGUGUUUGGGGACGCCAGAAACCCUUGAAACAAGCAGCACCAUGAAACUGUACAUCAUCUUCUUCCUGGCAGUGGUGAACAGAGGCACCUCCAACAAUCAGCCCACAGUGGUGGUGUCCUGUGAAAUGGGAAAUUCACAGGCAUUUUGCCACAACAAAGACCUUCAGCAAAUCCCUCGUGAGCUCCAUCCGAAUGUAAACAAACUAGAUCUGUCUGGAAAUCUGAUUCGAAGCAUCCCUGAAAUGCCAUUAUCAUUUCACACUUCCCUCCACUGCCUGGAUUUAAGCUCUAACCAGAUCAGCUUCAUCGCUCCCGGAGUCUUUGCAGACAUGACGAGCUUGCUGGAAAUAAAUUUAGCCAAUAAUCGUUUAUAUGAGCUUGCUCAGAAUGGGACAGAGGGCCUUGGACUUCUACCCAGGGUGGAAAUACUGGACUUGUCCCACAACAGUUUGUACAAUGAGAUGGUUGAGUAUUUCAUUAAACAAGCUCCAGCUCUGCGGUAUCUUUACUUGGCUGACAACAGUAUUAUAAUGAUCUCACACAAGAUGUUUCAGGGAUCUCCCAAUCUUGUGGAGAUAGAUCUUCAGAGUAAUAUCAUCAUGGAAAUAGAAGAAGGUGCUUUUGAGACUUUAUUGAACCUUUCCAAACUCAAUCUCUCCAUGAAUUCCAUUACUUGCAUCUCUGAUUUCAAUCUCAGGCAGCUGGAGAUACUUGACCUUAGCAGGAAUAGCAUUGAGACCUUCCACACUGCAAAGUCAGAUGAUGAAUAUAGCUUAAGAUAUUUGGAUCUGAGUGAAAACAAACUGCUUCACUUCCCAGUCUUCCCCCAGGUAAAUAAGCUGGCAACUCUCAAUUUAUCAAAGAAUUUAAUCCAGCUCACUGCUGAAUCCCCUCAUGAUAAAAUGGACUAUAUGGAGAAUGAGUGGCUAGAUGAUCCUUUCCAUCUUCUUGAUCAGAAGCAAAGUAGAAACAAAAGUUCUCUUUAUUUAUCCCAACUUUUGUAUUUAGACUUAAGUUAUAAUGAAAUCAAAUCCAUUCCAGAUGAAUUCUUUGAAUCAAUGUUGUCCCUUCACACCCUUAAUCUCAGUAAAAACUGUCUUCAGGCAUUUGCAGUAACUUAUGACAGUGCAUUGAUCUCCCUAACUGUCCUUGACUUGAGCUACAAUGCUUUGCAGAACCUUCUCCUAGAUGCUAGCAGGCUGUCAAAUCUGCAGGAGCUCUAUAUCCAAAACAACCAUCUUCAGACCCUGCAGUUUGAUAUCUUCUCAAGUCUUGCCAACCUCAGACUGCUUAAUUUACAAAGCAAUAAUAUCAGCCUUUGCAGCAUGUACUCAGGAUUAGCUAAGCAAAGACUUGCUGGAGAAGAAAGUGGUUGUGUGUCAUUUGUUGAUUCUCCUGCUCUUCAGUAUUUGUACCUAACAGACAACAUGUUGAACAUCCUACCAGCAUACACUUUCUACAAGACUUCUUUGAUUGUCUUGGAUCUCUCCAUGAACCCUGGACUGAAAAUAGAAGUCAAAGCAUUAUCAGGACUGGAAAAGUCUCUGGAAUACUUGUAUUUACAUGGCAAUAGCCUGAUAGAUUUAAAUAUUGACUUGCCUUGUUUUAGUCACCUUAAACAUUUAAACCUCUCUGAAAAUCAGCUGAACUGGCUUCCUAAGUGGGGUAGUGACUCCCCACUGGAAGUUCUGGACCUAAGGAACAAUAGGUUUAGUACAUUACAGAACAGCAAUAUUUUAGCACUAGAAAAUUCUCUUAAAAAUUUGUAUCUCACUGGGAACCCACUCAACUGCUGUGGGAACAUCUGGCUCUCAUCAAUGAUCCAAAACAGAAAUGUCCAGAUCCCCAACGUGGAGCACUUAACGUGCCAGUACACUCAGAACUUCGGGUACCAGGAAGAGAUGCACGUUGGGAAUAUUAGACCAGAAGACUGUGAAAAAGAAGAUCUGAAGAAAAUCAACUUCCUUAUCAUAUUAACAUUUGUGCUGGUUUUAUCCGUGAUCAUCAUCGGCGUGGGUUCAUUUUUUUGCUUCCGCAGGCAAAACUUUAGCCAUCAGUUUAAAGCAUAGGAACACAACAUGCCUUGAAAACUGAAGAAAUCAGGUGCUACACUGCCAGUGUGUAGAAAUGAAGGGUGAAAUUCUCAUCUUUGAUCUUUAACUGUGGAUUUUAAGACUGUUUUUAAUGUGCCCCUGGACUGCACGCCUACAGCGCUCUGGGUUGCAGGGAAAAUUCCCCAUGUUUUGCACUUGCUUCAUUGACAAGCAGAUCUUCUCUAAAAGUUUCAAGAGUGAUAGAAGAGGCCACUGUAAAGCCCUGCUUUUGUUUGUGAGGAUGUGUAAUUUAAACCAAACCAAAAGAAAAAGGCCUCUAAGGGCCCUGAGACUUUUCGCUAAGCUCAGAGGCACUUCAUGCAAAUUGAGUGUUUUAACUGAAUCACCUUUUUAUGGCAGUCGUUGGUGACAUCAGCUGAGCAGGAAACCCUUCUCAAAGUUAUGUGCCUCCAUGAGAUAUUUUGCUUUCAGCUGUGGGCUGUGCUUCUUCCUAACUGGUUAGAAAUGACACCUCCUAAUCCUUCUUAAGCUUAAAUCGUGCAAGCCAAGACAGGGUUGGCCAAUAUACACGACUUCAGGCCUUGAAGUUGGUUGCAAAUCUCUCAUGAGUUCCAAAACAAUGAAAAUUUAGAUUAAAAAAGAAGAAAUACAGCUCAUGUCUGUUGUGCUGAUGGCUGCCAUUUAGAAAAACCCACAGCUAUCCUUGGGAACCAAAGACCUUGGUGGCAGGAACCUCUUUGGAUAUCCCCCUUUGCUUGUGGUAUGUUGCACCAGCUGUUGGGGCAAGAGAUGAGAGGUAGAUGAAGUUCUUUAGUCUUGGCACUUAAUACCCCUAAGGGACAUAAGAGAAAUCUCAGGUGUGAAACAGCUGCACUGUAUCUUACCCAGCUCUGCUCAGAAGGUCACACAGGUCCACAGUUCAACUCAAAGAGGAGAAAUUUGCUCCUCACGUGCAAUACAUAUUUAACUGGUUUUAAUGUGAAGUAAUUAAUCUCUGAGGUGAAGGCUUUUAAAAUGAAAAAUCUUGGAGAAUUGAUUUCAACCAGCUGAAAUUGGACUGAAGUGUUUAUAUUUGUAAGGAAAACUGUUGGGAACUCAUUGCAUACAGUUGUAUUUGAAUGCAAAAAAACAAUCCAAAAAAGCUCUAUUUUUAAAGGCCACAGAAGGUGAGACAGCAAUAAAGUGUUUUAAAGGUACACAACAAUACACAGGGAACCUAGCCCUGGGCCUUUUUUCAGAUCAGAUGUCCUCUGUCUCUCCCUAAAAAGAUUUGUUCUGCAAGGAAAGUUAUGGAGAUCCUCAUUCUGUGAUGGGUUUAACACAGCCAACCUGUUGUGUUGCUAAAACCUGACACUGACAUAUCUUUUCUCCCAUACUCUGACAGCAGAUUCAGCCUUUUGAGCUGAAGUUCCCUGACAGUAAGAGCCUGGCCUACCAAAAAAGUUCAGUGGCUUCCAGAGGAGCUAUAUCUGUUAAUGCCAGGAACUGUACAUUAAGGCAGGCAAGAGAAACAGAAGUCAAACCAAGACCUGCCCAGGUGAAUAACUCAGAGUCAAAUUGCUGCUCCGUUUCUGUUUCUUCCAGCUGGUGAAUGUCAAAAUGAACACACUACAGAAAAAAAAAAAAAAAAAAAAGAUAAAUAAAAAGGUGUGUGAUUCUAUUUUUAAAGCA